AUGCUGGCGCGGCUGGCGUAUGAGGCCGGCUUCGACUGGGUGUUCUACGAGAGCCGGUCGUACAUACACUGCUCGAGUAGAGAGGGUUCCCACUGGGAGCACUCGCUCCACUACGAGGGGCGGGCGGUGGACGUGACGACGAGCGACCGCGACCGCAGCAAGUACGGCAUGCUGGCGCGGCUGGCGUACGAGGCCGGCUUCGACUGGGUGUUCUACGAGAGCCGGUCGUACAUACACUGCUCGAAUAGAGGGAGCUCACACUGGGAGCACUCGCUCCACUACGAGGGGCGGGCGGUGGACGUGACGACGAGCGACCGCGACCGCAGCAAGUACGGCAUGCUGGCGCGGCUGGCGUACGAGGCCGGCUUCGACUGGGUGUUCUACGAGAGCCGGUCGUACAUACACUGCUCGAAUAGAGGGAGCUCACACUGGGAGCACUCGCUCCACUACGAGGGGCGGGCGGUGGACGUGACGACGAGCGACCGCGACCGCAGCAAGUACGGCAUGCUGGCGCGGCUGGCGUAUGAGGCCGGCUUCGACUGGGUGUUCUACGAGAGCCGGUCGUACAUACACUGCUCGAAUAGAGGGAGCUCACACUGGGAGCACUCGCUCCACUACGAGGGGCGGGCGGUGGACGUGACGACGAGCGACCGCGACCGCAGCAAGUACGGCAUGCUGGCGCGGCUGGCGUACGAGGCCGGCUUCGACUGGGUGUUCUACGAGAGCCGGUCGUACAUACACUGCUCGAAUAGAGGGAGCUCACACUGGGAGCACUCGCUCCACUACGAGGGGCGGGCGGUGGACGUGACGACGAGCGACCGCGACCGCAGCAAGUACGGCAUGCUGGCGCGGCUGGCGUACGAGGCCGGCUUCGACUGGGUGUUCUACGAGAGCCGGUCGUACAUACACUGCUCGGUUCGGACAGAAUCGUCGAGCGGCAUGGGUGCAGGCUGUUUCCCGGGCGGCGCGGUGGUGCACACGCCAGAGGGCGCGCGAGAUAUCGGCACCCUGCGGAUAGGGGACCAAGUGCUCGCUGCUGAUGACAGCGGCAAGAUGGUGUACUCGGAGGUUGUAACAUUCAUCGACCGCGAUCCAAACGCGACUCGAAGAUUCAUAGAAGUGACAGCAGAGAACGGCGUAGCGAUCACGGCUACUCCGUCCCAUCUGCUCCUGCUGGCGGCCGCGGACGGCUGGCGGGAGGCUUUCGCGGGCGACGUCCGGCCCGGCGACGUGCUGCUGACGCGCGGCAUCGGCAGCGUCAUGCGGCCGUCGCGCGUCACGCACACCCGACCCGUGCACAAACGCGGCGUGUACGCGCCGCUGACGAAAACGGGCACGGUCAUAGUCGACGACGCGCUAGCGUCCUGCUACGCCGUAGUCAAGAGCCACUCGCUCGCGCACGCCGCCAUGGCGCCGCUCCGCUGGACCGCCGGCUGGAGCGCCGACAGCCCUCGGGGCGUCCACUGGUACGCCAGCGCCCUCUACUACGUCGGAGACGUCGUGUUACCAUCGUCGUACUCCUACCAUUGAUAUUGUUAAGUGAAAGUGGAACUUGCCGCGUCGCACGCGGGUCGUGCACCGCUCGGACGACUGUAAAUAGAACCCAGUGUAAAUACCCCGCCAUUGUAAAUAUAUUCGACUAUAGAAAUGUUCGACAACGAUUUAUAUAUGUAUCCGAUAGGAAUUAAUUUAUUAAGUAGUCUUAGGACGUAAGUUGAGAUCGCAUAGGUAUUAUUUAGUUCAAAGUUUUGAAUAUUUGUAAAUUGUGUCGGUAUUGUUAUUCUGCACAAUGCGGAAAUAAUUAAAUGUAUGCGCUUAUGUCUUUUUAAGUAUUUACCAGAUAACUGUAAGUGAAAGAGUUAGAGAUGUAAGGUGCGGACUAAAGUUAUUUUUCGUUAGCGAUUCCGGUAAUAGUUUGGCUUGUUCAGUCGG